UGAGCCCACCAGAGCCAGCACUGGAGGUGAAACAUGACCAGCGUGCAGUCCAGUGAAGGCACCAUCCCUGUGCUGGGACAGAAGCUCUUCUACCGGGAGGCUUGGCCUGGUGGUGGGCAGAACUCUCGUCUCUCCGUGCUCCUACUCCAUGGCAUCCGCUUCUCCUCUGAGACUUGGCUUAAGCUGGGAACGCUGGACACACUGGCCCAGGCUGGCUACCGGGCUGUGGGCAUUGAUCUGCCAGGUCUAGGCCAGUCCAAGGAGGCAUCAGCCCCCACCUCCAUUGGAGAGCCGGCCCCCAGCAGCUUUCUGCAGGCUGUGCUGGAGGCUCUGGAGAUGGGUCCCACUGCUCUGGUCAGCCCAUCUCUGAGUGGAAUGUAUUCAUUGCCCUUCCUCAUAGCACCUAGCUCCCAGCUCCGUGGCUACGUGCCUGUUGCCCCAAUCUGCACAGAUAAAAUCAGCGCCUCUGACUAUGGCCGUGUUAAGACUCCCACACUGAUCAUGUAUGGGGACCAGGAUCCUAUGGGGGAGUCAAGCCUCAAGGACCUGCAGCAACUACCUAACCACAAGGUGAUGGUGAUGGCGGGUGCGGGACACCCCUGCUACCUGGACAAGCCGGAUGAUUGGCACUCGGGGCUCCUGGAUUUCCUGAAUGGGCUAUCGUAA